GGGGAAGUUUUUUAGGGCCGUUUGAAAGGAGAGGGCUUCUCUUCUGCAGGUGGUGAGGGGACGUGCCUCGCUGCGGGCAGCUACAAAAAGCCCAGUGAAGCAAUCCCUGCUGAGGGAAAAGAAACCCCCAAGCCCAACCAGCCAAAAUCUAAGGUUACCGAGUCUCUACUGAAACCAAGAGGAAGAGAUCCUGUUCCCCAGCCUGAGAAGCAGCAGGGAAGAGGUAAGGUUUAUUACAGAGUAUGAAAAUCAGGAAGCUUUUUGUUCACUUCAUACAUCUCUUCCAACAAAGCCAGACAUCAGAACCCAGCACAGACUCCAGAGUGAUUAUUGUUACACAUGAUCUAUGGAGCAGAUAAAUUACAGCUUGAUUUUUAUAAGCUUGCCAAUAUUUGGAAGGUUUUGUGUGAUGCUGAGGAACACCGUCAGCGCCCUUUAUGCGAGAUCUGCCUCUCAAACAGUCCCAUCCCUGUGGAGGCAAGGAACUGCAGUUAUCUCUGAGUUUGAGUUCACAACACAGCAAAACGUACCUGCUCAAAGAGGAGGCUGUAGCAUGGCACUGAUGGGGACGUCGCCUUUGACAUUGGGAGGAGGGUUUUACUCAGAGUUUAAGGGUUAAAUCUAACAAUUUAUGUCAAACUGCCUCUGGAUAAAGCACAAAACAGAACCAAAUGCUCCACUCCUAAAGAAGUGUCUUCAUCAAAGCCACGACCCCGUUCAUGCUCCGUUCCUGAUCCAAUGAGUCCUUAGGAUUUUCUCCAUCUCCAGGGAUGCUUCUUGAACAGGCAGGAUGAAGAGGAGCCAGAUCACCGCCACACAUCCACAUGCACGUGUCCAAAAUACCCGCCAGCGUAGAAAAGGAGACACUGCCACGUGCAGGGAGGUGGGUCUGGGUCCUCCCAGGCAGCGGCAGGACCUAGAUCACCAGCGCCCUGCGCCUGGUCUCCACCACGUUCAGAGAAAUCCCGGUGGAUGGUGCCUGAAAGAGGGUGGAAGAGCCUCUGUGUGCAAGUUCCCAACGGGGCAGAAGUACAAACCACAAACUGAGUGGCUCAGCCAUGUCAAAACUGCCAUGACUCCGGGGAUACACAGAAUUAUUGCUAAAUCCGCGAAAUGCUACAAAAAUCUGAAACAGGGAAGAGCGUGGGUUCUCCCACUUUGCUGCAGAACCAGCUUCUUUUUUUCCCCCACUUUGCUCAGUUCCUGGAGGGGGAGAUGUGAAACCCAGCUGGGUGCAGACGAACCGCUGGAGUCACGAGCACGAGCUCCUGCGGUGGGGAGUCCAUUUAAAUCCGCUUUGCUGAGCCUCAGAAGUGACCUAAGGAAAGCAAGCCAAAAUAGGAGCCGAAGCCCCAGGAAGUGGUGGGGUAUAGCUGUGAAUCCUAGCAACAGGCGGAGAGAGAACUGUACGUUUCUUCACGUCCUCCAAGUGUUGGUGCCUUCUGCAGAUCCUCUCAGUGAUGCACAGGACAGCAGAUGUGAUCUACUCGGGGGAUGUGAAGACACCUGGCACGGGAUCUGCAAUCCGGUCAGACGGGAUGGGACAGCAUCCGCCAAAGCCCCGAUGGAGGGUGGAAUGACGAUUCCAGGCACCACUGGAGCGGGGCUCUCUGGGACCACUGGUGUAUUUGCCCGCUACAUUUGUAACAACAAAUCAAGUUAUAUUUGUGAUUCCCUGAGAAGGAAAUCAUUCAAGCAGUCUGUUGCACGGGAGCUGUCGGCCAUGCUGUUCCAGUUCAGGGGCUCCUGCAACAGAAAAGAUCAGCUGUUGGAGAACCCAUGGAAAGCCCUGGGGGAGAGCCAUGGCCGCAAGGACGGAGGCCAGAUCCUCUGCACGCAGCAUGGCUCAGGGAGGGCUGGGAUGGAGGCGAGGCAGGGAAAUGCUCCUCUUCUGGUGCUGGAAAAGGCACGCCGGCUCAGCAGGGAUGCCUGGGAGCCCAGGGGCAAGAAGAACAUCGAAGAAAUUGUUUCAUUUGUACCGCGGUUUUCUUCAGCUUUCAUGCCAGGACACGCGCAGUAUGUGCCGGGCUUAAACGAAGGAGGGGAAGCUCUUUAUUUGGGCAGAAGCCGGGACUCGGAGCGCGUUUUCAUCCUGUAGCAGCUAUUCCAUUGCGGGCGGACACGGAGACAUCACCGCUUCCAAGCGCUUUUAGUCGCUGCUGCUCAUCCUCCCCCCCCACCAGCAUCCAGUUUUGCCACCCCCCCCCCCCCAAAAAAAGUGCCCAGCCUGGGAUUGCCCCUCCUGCCCCAUCCGCAGUGUCCCGCUCCGCCACGGGGUCUUGGUAGCCCGCUGGGGUCUUGGUAGCCCGCUGGCAACCGGCUCCUGUGCUCCAGCGAGCGGUCUCCACCUCUUUCUCACCCAAAAUAGGGUGCCUGUCAGCCCCCCCCCACCCCCCAAAAGCUUCCCGUUGCCUGAUUAGGAUUCACCUCGCAUCCAGACGGAGGAGGGCAUACGUAUCCCGGCAUGCACCCGCCCAAAAUUGCAGACCAUUGCUCGUGCUGCAGCGGCCAUCUGGUUGGAAAACAACAGGCCAAACAGUUUCAGCAUCACGUCAUGUAUCCAGCCAGCGAGGAGAAAGUGAAGGGGGGGGGGGGGGGGGGGAUGCAGAAAUGCCAGGGAGAAGGAAGGUGGUCGGCGUGGAUGGAUGCGCGGGAGCGAAAGAGCGGGGAGCGACGGUUCCAGCGAGGCCACGGCCGUGUGCCGCAGAUCCCGACCCCGCCGUGCCGGGAUGUCCGGUCCCACCCGGAGGAUUCUGCUGGGGGAACGGUCCCUGCUCCCGUCGCGCACCGCAGAGAAGCAUCACGGUUUGCAAGGAUUUCCCCCUCAUAAAUUAGUAUCUUCCAGCUGUUUCCUUCCACAUAAAAAUCUCUUCUAUUUCUUCUCUUAUUGCUUUAUAUAAACAAACAUGAGAGCGACUCGUUCUAAAUAAAGUUAUUUGUCUACGUAAAUUAAUAUA